AAAUCUGGUUCCAGAAGCAGGUGCUGGGGGGGGGCAUGUUGUGCGCUUGUGCCCACUGUGUGCAUAUGUGCCUUAGUUGUUUCCACGACAAUGCACAGCCUCCAUCUCAAAUCUUUUUCCUCGCGCUCGGGCAACGAUUGCUCUUGCCUGCUCUAUGCUUCAUAAUAGCAGCCACCGUGAUGCAAAGAGGCUGUUACACCUGCUAGGGAAUAAUUGCCCUUUUGCUUAUAUAUCUGGAAAGAAAAGCCGAAAAGACCGGGAGAGGCGCUGAAGGACAAUAGCACCAAGAGAAAGACAACAGAGGAAAGAGGAUCUAUCCACACCCCUUGAGGAAUAUAUGUGUAUAUAUUUUCUCCUUUCAUUGUGUAGGCAGAAACAGAGAGAUUGUUCUUGUUCUAUUUGUAUUUUUUCUUGGGUGAAUCGGUGCCAUUCUCGGACGGGCAUCUCCCCACUCCCCAGGAACCGCAUGCUGCAAAUGGUCAGGACACUUGCCCAGUUCACCAUCGCAUUGGAAGACAUGCGAGAACUUGGGGAUGCUGCUGAUAACACCCUGAGCCCCCCAUCCUUGGCUGGGGGGGCCACCGAAGAGACCCAGGAGAAAAAUAGCAGCAGCCCCACCAGGAAUGGCACCACCGAGGAUAUGCGGAAACAUGUCUCAUGACUCUCUUGGAUACUGAGCAGUCCUAUGUGGAGUCUCUCCGGACCCUCAUGCUGGGCUAUAUGAAGCCCCUGAAACAACCAGAAAAUUCCAUCCUCUGCGACCCUUCUCUGGUGGAUGAGAUCUUUGAUCAGAUUCCUGAGCUGUUGGAGCAUCAUGAGGAGUUCCUGGAGCAGAUCUCUGAGUGCAUGCAGAAAUGGCAUGAGAAGCAGAAAGUGGGAGACAUCCUGAUACAAUCUUUUUCCAAGGACAUCCUGGUGAAUAUUUAUUCCGCCUACAUAGAUAAUUUUCUCAAUGCCAAAGAUGCCGUAAGGAUUGCCAAGGAAGCCAAGCCAGCAUUUAUGAAGUUUCUGGAGCAAAGCAUGAGGGAAAACAAAGAAAAGCAGGCCCUAUCGGACCUCAUGAUCAAGCCCGUACAACGGAUUCCACGCUAUGAGCUUCUGGUCAAGGACCUUCUGAAACAUACCCCAGAGGAACAUCCUGACCACCCAUUCUUGUUAGAAGCCCAGAGGAACAUCAAGCAAGUGGCCGAGAGGAUCAACAAAGGGAUGAAGAGUGCGGAAGAGGUGGAGAGGAAUGCCCGGAUCGUGCAAGAGAUCGAGUCCCACAUCGAGGGAAUGGAAGAUCUCCAAGCACCACUCCGGAGAUUCCUGCGCCAGGAGAUGGUGGUGGAAGUGAAGGCUGUUGGUGGAAAGAAGGACCGCUCUCUUUUCCUCUUCACAGAUCUUCUGGUUUGCACCACUUUGAAGCGCAAGUCAGGGUCUCUGCGAAGAAGUUCCAUGAGUCUUUACACAGCCGCCAGUGUUAUUGACACAGCCAGCAAGUACAAAUUGCUCUGGAAGUUGCCCCUGGAAGAUGUUGACAUUGUGAAAGGGGCCUCUCAACCCACCAACCGUGAAAGUAUCCAGAAGGCCAUCUCUCGGUUGGAUGAAGACCUCAGCACACUUGGUCAAGUCAGCAAACUUUCUGAGACCCUCAGCUUCCCCCAUCAGAGCCUGGAUGACGUUAUCAAGGACCUGAUGGCGGCCAUCCACCGUGAGCUGGCUGAGAAGCAGUCCCUGUCCUUCACCAUGUCCUUCCCACCUAACAAGAUGGAGCUGACGGCCACCAAGGCCGAUGGCACGGAGUCCUACAUCUUUGAGUUUCCCAAUCCAGAUGCGCGCCACAGCUUUGAGCAAGCCUUUGAGGACACCAAGAAAAAACUAGCUUCUAACAAAAAUUGCCUGGAUCCUGAGUUCCUGAAGGCGAUUCCCAUCAUGAAAACAAGAAGUGGAAUGCAAUUCUCCUGUGCCUCUCCCAGCCACAGCAACCCUGAGAAUGCCUAUGAGGUCUGGGUAUGUAACAGUGAUGGCUACGUUGGACAGGUCUGCCUUCUCAGCAUCAGGAAAGAGCCCAUUGUCGAAGCUUGCAUCGCUGUCUGCUCUGCUAGGAUCCUCUGCAUUGCCUCUGUGCCGGGCCUCAAGAGAACAUACAGGGAACGUCCCACAUCUCUUACCAGCCCAUCCUCAGAACCGGUUCACACAACACUGGAGGAGUCUGGACCUCAGCAGUGCUUGCAUAUCUCCAUUUCUGGGUCUUCUCUGGAGCUCUCAGAGCCGAUGGACAGCACCAACCGGGAACUGGUCCCCUUCGACAGUGACGACACCGAUGACGAAUCCUCGCCAAGUCCUUCUGGAACCCUCCAGAGCCAGGCCAGCCAUUCCACCAUCUCCUCAAGCUUUGGAAAUGAAGAGAUCCCAAGCUCUAAAGACGUGACGGCUGAAACAACCAGCUCAGAAGAGGAGCAAGAUGCGGCAGCUUUCCUUCCCCUGGCCUCUACUUUCACCCAGAACCGGAACAGCGAGAGCCCUAUGGAUGGCCGGGCUAUGAGGCGGUCAAGUCGAGGGUCAUUCACCAGGGGAAGCCUAGAAGACCUGUUGAACACAGACCCUGAGGCUUAUCAGAGUUCCAUGUGGUUGGGAACGGAAGAUGGCUGCAUCCAUGUCUACCAGUCUUCAGAUAAUAUCCGCAACCGGAAGAAUAGCAUGAAGAUGCAACAUUCAGCAUCUGUGACAUGUAUUCUGUACCUCGAUAACCAGGUGUUUGUGUCCCUGGCCAAUGGAGAGCUUGUUGCCUACCAGAGAGAAGCAGGACGGUUUUGGGACUCUCAGAACUCCAAAUCCCUCUCGCUGGGCUCUCCAGGAAGCCCCGUAACCAAGAUGGUAGCUGUGAGUGGACGGCUGUGGUGCGGAUGCCAGAACAGAGUCAUCAUCCUCAACACAUCCACAUUGCAGCAGGAGCACACAUUUCAUGUUGGACAAGACAGCCACCGCAGCGUGACCUGCAUGGUCAGCUCCAGCGUGGGGGUCUGGGUCACACUCCAGGGCAGUGCCCAGGUGAGGCUGUACCAUCCUGCCAGCUAUGAUCAGUUGGCUGAAGUGGACAUCACUCCUCCAGUCCACAAGAUGUUGGCAGGUUCGGAUGCCAUUAUACGCCAGCACAAAGCUGCUUGCUUGCGCAUCACUGCCCUCUUGGCAUGCAAGGACCUGCUCUGGAUUGGGACCAGUGCAGGAGUGGUGCUGACACUCUCCAUCACAGCCAAUGCCACCUCCUUGAAGACUCAGCCUUUGCCGGUGGGCCUUUCUCAAGGACACACAGGACAUGUCCGGUUCCUCACCUCUGUUGACUUACCUGAAGGCUUUGAUAUCCUCUUUCCAUUGCCCAGGGAUCCAGGUGCAGAGAAGUCCAAUGACUUGGAGAAGAGGGACUCCUUGAGGCACCGGCCUUCCAAGUCCAAGAUGCUUGUGAUCAGCGGGGGAGAUGGCUAUGAGGAUUUCCGACUCACCAACAGCAGUGAGACAGUGGGACGGGAUGACAGCACAAACCAUCUCCUCCUCUGGAGGGUCUGAGGGCUAUCCCAAUGGGGAAAGGAAGAGAAGGAAAGGUCCAGUUCCGUCUUCGCCGUCCACCCCUGAAUGCGUACUGCUCUCGUAGAUGUGUCUCAUUGCCCAUCUUGAAUGUCUCUUUGUACGUGCGAUUGCCUCCUGGAUCCACCGCACGGAAGGAGCAAUGCCUCAGGACGGACGGUGUGCAACCCUUCCUCUGCCCCACCAGUUCCAUGUUGCACAAUUUGUGCCGUCUGCUGUUUUUACGAGUGCCGUGGCGUACGUGCGUGAAAAGCACAGGUGGGCUUAUUCAGAUCCGCCAGGCACUCCAGAAGGCUCCAGGACAGGAAGAGAAGGAGCGAGAGAACAAUGCAAGAACCCAGCCUUGUCUAGGAAGGGAUUGUCUGCUUUGUGUGUGUUGCUUGGUAAGAAACCCCAACACUGAACCCAGAAGCAUUUGGGUGUUCUUACAUCUCUAUUUUGAUCCACUGAAGCUUCAGAGUCCAGACGCUGGCUUGUAUGAACAAUACUUGGAUGACCUCCAAAGAGUCUGAUCCCAAUAUAAGUAGGAACUUUACCAGCUUAUCCAGCCCAUUGGUUGCCCUCAAUACUCCUCGGCCAGAUAUAGUUGUUCAGAUACUAUACUCAAUGUCACCAUUAUAUUCCAUCCACAUAGAAAGCACACAGUAGCCUCUAGUAUUCCUCACAAGAACCAAUCACACCAUUGCCUCAACAACCCUAGUGCAUUCACUCCCAUGUCUCCAGCAUACAGAUAACAUGGGGGUGGGUGGGUGUGUAUGUGUAUGUGUGUGUCUUUUUAAAAUAUAUGUAUAAAUAACCUUUAUUUAUUGUUGACUGGGGUGAGGAGGUGUUCUGAAAAGGGGAGAAGUGGGGAGAUGCGUUUGCACCAUUUCUGAGUAAGUUAUGAGCUGGGGUUUGGAGAAAGGUUGUAGACACUUAUCACAGCCCUUGGCACCCAGUGCAUGGGCUGUAUUGUGUUGAGUGCAGGGUUGUGACCAAACAUUGAUAUUAAAGGUGGUUCUGUAUGUAGGUUGUAUCAAAUUGUGAUGUUGAUGACAGUCACUAGCCAGGAUGGCUUCCAGAGCAUUGUGUGUGUGUGUGUGUGUGCGCGCGCUCACGUGCGUGUAGGGUUUAGUGGGAAAAGAGAAAAGUUGAGGGUGGAAGGAAGUUUACUUUUUGUGGAUUCUGUGAAGGUGACAGCAACAAAAGCAUGGAUCUAAAAAGAAAAAAAUGUGCAAUAUUGAGCUGGUUUGCCCACAGAUCCUGCACAUGCUUAGGAGGCUGGGUCACAAAGACCUAUUGGCGAAGGCCUCACCACAACACUUUUAUUUAGGCCUCUCUGGUUACCAGGAUUGUCCAUAUUGCUUCAUAUUGUCACAGGGUUACAGGAGCAUGUGGGCGGCAGUUUGUAUUGUCCUCGUGGUCUCCUUGUACAGUAUUUAUGUUUGCUUUUCUUAAAAAUUAGCUACCAGUGGCAGCUUGCAAGUUGAGGAGGCAGAGGGUGCCUCACUCCAAAAUGGCAGGGAAGGCAUCCUAUCUUACUCAUUCUCCAAGUCAGCUGCGCAAGCUACCAGAUGUUCAAGGGAAAGGAGAAGAUUGGACUGUCAGUGGCACUUAAUUUAUCCAUUUUUUUAAAAAAAUGAAAAGAGAGGGCUUUCAGAUACAAACAAAACAGGGAAUAUGGCUGGUUGGGUUUAUCUUUGGUUCGAGAGAAAUAAAUUGGCCAUCUGGAGAGCAUAAAGUCAACACAUUCACAGGAAGAAGUAUCCUUCUAAAACACGUUCCCAACCUUUGGUCCUCCAGAAGAUUUGGACUUCAGCUCCCAUAAUUCCUGAUUGUUGGCUAAAUUGAUUAGAGAUUCUGGGAGCUGAAGUCCAAAACAAAUAGGGGACCAAAGGUUGGGAACCACUGGAAGUUAGACUACCAUUCAUAUUAUGGUGGCUUCUGGACAUGGAGAUUAAGGUGAAGAGAUUUCUAGUAUGAAGAAUGAAGAAAAGCUAGGCCACCUUCCACUGGGGGACCAUGUGGACCCCAUUUUAAGCUACCAUCUGACCUCUGUUGGUUGAUAGGGUACCUGCCAAUUUUUCCAAACAAGGUGGACCUUGGUCUCACACAUCCAGAGACUUGUUGUUGGUGUUGUUGUUGUUGUU